AUGAGCUAUGAAGAAUUUCAACAAAUUCAGCAGAAUAUUGGAGGUUUUAUAGCUAUAAACACGUUUUUAUCCACAACAUUAGAUAAGACUGCUGCGACGUUCUUUUCUGGUGAAGGAAAGAGUCGUCCAGAAUAUGAAUCAGUUGUAUUCUCAAUUCAUAUCGAUAAAACAAUGGAUUAUACAAAGACACCAUAUGCCAAUGUUCAACAUUUAAGCAAAAUGCAAGAUGAAUAUGAGAUCAUUUUAUCCGUUGGUAUUUUAUUGAAAAUCGAUUCGAUUGAGGAACUUGACAAUUAUUGGAACAUAAAAUUAAUUGUGUGUAAUGAAGAAUUUCAACAACACUUAAGCGAUUUUGAACAAAUGUGGCAAGAUGAAUGUGAUAAGCUUUCUAAUGAUGAACAUCUUGAAUAUUCAGCAAUCUUAUAUUUGUCUUUGAGUGUAACUUUACUGAUGCUAGGUGAAGUUGAAAAAGGCUUUAGAUACCUGUACUUACAUGUAAAUCAAUUACCAGAAAACCACCGAAAAGAAUACAUGAAUCGUGGCUUCGAAGGUGCAUUCCGUCACAUUGAUGGGUCAGUAGAUGUUGAUGAAGAAUUCAAAUGGGUACAUAUGUUCGAACCGAUAUAUCAAAAAUUUUUCAAGACAAGUGAUAAAAAGUGUGAUCCACAAGGAAUUGAAGAAAAUUCAGUACAGAUACAUGAAAAAGUAUUGUUGAGCAUUAUUUCAACAUCCGAUUUGGAUACGAAACCAGACUAUCAUCGAUUGUUAGCUUACAUAUAUGAACGUCAACAAAACUUUGAAAAAGCAUUGGUUCAUUAUGAAAAAGCACUGGAAUUACGAUAUGCACAACCAUCCGUACGUAACAGUGUUGAUAUAAGUCAUCUUCAUAAAACUAUUGGUGAAAUCUAUAAACACUUGGAAAGACAUAUUGAAGCAAUCAAACACUUCAAUAUGUCGUUAGAUCAGUUCAAGAAAAUUUUACCAUUAAAUCAUUAUUUGUAUGCGGUGAUCUAUCAACAUAUUGGUGAAGCUUAUUGGCUUAACAAAGAGUACCACUCUUCAUUGAAAUAUUUCCAACAAGCAUCAACGAUACUGGAAUCAUCUGAUGAAUUUCGCACCAAGUAUAAUAUACCACUUGCUGAUGUAUAUGAACUUAUUGCAUUGACCUACUUUUUAAUAAAGGACUACAGAGAAGCUGUACUUGCAAACAAGAAAGCCAUUAAAUUAAAUAUUAAUCCAUUGCGUUACCGGUUUUAUCAAGCUGUAUGGGAUUGCGGCGAAAGUUAUUUUUAUUUAAAUGAUUUUGAUCAGGCUUAUGAAUACUAUCAAAAGGCUUUAGAUUUACUUUUAAAAUAUCAUCAAAAUAGAACUGCAGACAUUGCUCUAGCGUACGCCGGAUUAGGUCGAACUUGGAAAGAACAAAGAAAAUAUCAUUUAGCAUUGGAAAAUUUUGAGAAAUCACUUCAAUAUUUCUCAGAAGCAUCACUCAACCCUUCGGAAGAACAAUGUUUUUCUAAUACUUUAUCAAAAUUGCCGGAAGUGUAUAAAGCUAUAGCUCAUUGUCAUUCUAAACUCUCAAGCAUCGAAGCCGAAAAAGGAAAUCGUGGAAAAUUCAUAGAAUAUACAAACCAAUCCUUGUUGAAUAACAAGAAAGCUUUGGAUUUACAAGUAAAAUAUUUACCUGAAGGCGAUCUACGAAUAGCUGAGACAAAGUGUCAGAUAGCAGAAACAUAUAUGGGUAUAGCACGAUUCCAAGACAGUGUGAAGCUCUUAGAAGAAUUAUUAGUUACCUAUACCGAAAAGCUGCAUUCUGAAUAUAAGUUGCACGCAAGAAUUUACAAAGUUCUAGGUUUUACAUGGUCUUUCAUGGGUGAUUAUGACAAAGCUCGAAAAUACUACGGAAAAGCUGGCAGUAUCAUUUUCGAUCAACCACAGCCAGACGAAGACGUAGUUAAACAAUAUUUACAGGAAUUGAAUGAUAUGGAGAACUUUAUUCUUCAGAAUCAAAGUUCGAAAAUCUCAAACAGUGCUCCAGCAGAUAGUGCUUGCUAA